CCCACUGCAGGCGGGAAAAUUUCCACCCCUCACCCCCACUGCAGGCACAUAGCACACUCUCUGUAAUCAGCUGUGCGUCCAUAUCGCAAACACUUUGUGGGCAGAAAGCUUUGUCUCAAUCCUCAUCAGAAGUAGGUCGGCUCAGAGAUGUCGAAGUUUGAGUACCCGAGACUUCCUCGGCACGAGAUCCUUGCUGCGCUGGCGGACUCCCAAAUCGCCACCCUGUCGGAGGCGGAUCUCCUCCGCCCAGACCCAGACCUUAUCUUCAACCUCUACACCCAAAUUUUCCUCCUCAUAGACACACUUCAGGAGGACCAGGGGCAGAUGGAGUUCGGGGCGCUGGAACUCCUUGAAAACCCGGAUCAUCACAUGCACUCAGUUCAGGUCAUGAAUUUGUACAACAAAAUCCGAGAGCUUGUCGCUGCCGUCAAUUGCCCCAAGGCUUUCACUCCGAAAGACUUGAUAAAGCCGGAGACUGAACGCACGGAACUCUUUCUCAGCGCCCUUCUCAAUUUUUACAUCUACAGAGAGACAAAAUUAGAUCUAUUGAAGCCUAUUGGGGAUGAUUUGAAUCUUUUUGAGGAGCGAGAACUAGCUGCUAAAGAUAGAAUGUCCCAGUUGAAUGCGGAGAUAGCAGAGUGUGAAGAGUUGAGAGAGAGGGAGGUGCCGCUUGUCCAAGAAGUAAAUUCAAAAGUCAAGGAACUUCAUCAGACUGUUUCAGGUCUUAACAAGCAUCAAAUGACCUUGAAGACUUCAAUUAAGCAAUUGAAGGAGAAAGCUAAAGAAAUGGAUGAGAAGAUAUCUGAAGCAGAAUUCGCGUUAGUCCAAAGUGUCCAAGAAAAUGCCAAUUUACGGUCCAAAAUUGUCCAGUCACCAGACAAGCUUCAGAGGGCUCUGGAGGAGAAAAAGUUGGUGCAAAUUGAGACAAAGAAUGCUGAAAGAGCUGCAGUACAAGCUUUCCAGGAUAAAACCACCAUACUUGAGGCAUAUGCUAAGGCUUGCAAGAAAAUGUCUAAACACUUCGCUCAGAUGCAAGCAGUACAAGAGCAGGUAAAUUCUGCGAAGUCAGUUGAUAAAGAUGUUAAAGUCCUCAAAAGCAAACUCAGUGAUGAAGGAGUUUUGAUUAAGUCACUCGAAGCAAAAGUUGUGGAGCUACAAUCAAUAGCGGACCAGUUAAAAGAGUUUAGAAGACAGUUGGAGAAAGAGACAGCUCUCAAGCAUGAGGAGGUGACCAAAGAGUUAAAUAAUGUAAAAUUAGAAGUGGGAUCAAAGAGGAAGGCGUUAGAAGUGAGGCAUAGACAGGUGGAAUCUGUGGUUUCAGAGGCGGAUGCUAUAAUUUCAAAGAAAAAUAUUGUAAAGGAGGAGGGAGAAGCCACAAUGCAAGAAUUAGGCAGUAAAUGUGAAGAAAUUGUGGCUGAGUUCAAUAACUACUCAAAAUUGAUAAGCAAUUCGGUGGCGGAGACCGAGGCAGACUAAAAAGUUAUUCAUGGAAGGAACUGAAUGUAUGAAUUCUGCCCUUGAGCUGUGUGCUUUGUCCUGCUGAAGCAUGGAAAUUGUUAAAUAUCUGUCACAGUUUUAUCUCUUAUGAAACUGAAUGCCUGAAGAAUCUUGUAUUUAUAUGAGAAACUGAUGGAACGAAAUCUUGUAUGUCUACUCUCCUUUCCCGUAUAGGAAGGUUUCUUUUA